AUGUGGUCUUGGUUCGGUGGCCAGUCCGCGCAAAAGCGCCGCGAUGCGCCCAAAGAAGCAAUCCUCGGUCUCCGCGAACAGCUCGACAUGCUCCAAAAGCGCGAGAAGCACCUCGAAAACCAGAUAUCGGAGCAAGAAGCCAUAGCCAGGAAGAAUGUCACUACGAAUAAGAACGCCGCCAAAGCAGCCCUGCGAAGAAAGAAGUUGCACGAGAAAAAUCUCGAACAAACCCAGAACCAGGUCAUGCAGCUCGAGCAACAAGUGUAUUCCAUCGAAGCGGCAAACAUCAAUCAAGAGACCCUGUACGCCAUGGACAACGCCGGAAAUGCGAUGAAACGCAUGCACGCCGGCCUUACAAUGGAGAAGGUCGAUAAUAUGAUGGACAAAUUACGAGAACAGCAAGCCCUGGCCGACGACAUCGCGACGAUCAUCACGGCCCCACCGCUCGGCGAAGCGGUCGACGAGGCCGACUUGGAGGACGAAUUGGCAAAUUUGGAGCAGGAGGCAAUAGACGAGCGGAUGCUCAAGACAGGCACGGUACCGGUUGCGGAUCAAUUGAAUCGGUUACCCGUCGCUGGGAAUGGAGAGCUCAUCAAAGGCAAAGCGAAACAAACUGAGGAGGAAGAAGACGAAGAGGCAGAAUUGGAGAAGUUGCGUGCUGAGAUGGCCAUGAGUUAG